CUUGUGCUACCCCGGAUUCAGAAUUGUGUGUUACCUAUCCGUCAGUACCUUGGCUCGCCAGAUCUUGCCUGCGCCGUCCCUCUGCUAUCCGCUUCCCGCUCCCAUCCGCCUGCACCACAGAGAACGGACCGCAGAACAAUGCGCCUUCGAAAGGCUGCCCGAGUCAUCCUGGUAGGGGCGCCGGGCGUAGGCAAGGGAACGCAGUCGGAGCGGCUACUCAAGAGGUUUCCGCAGUUGUCGUCCAUCAGCUCCGGAGACCUCCUGCGGCACAAUGUCAAGCAGCGGACACCGCUCGGAAUCAAGGUGGAAAGCACCAUGAAGGCCGGCGGCCUCGUCCCCGAUGACCUCAUACUGCGGCUCAUCAGCAACGAGUUGAGCCAGCGCGGCUGGAUCUACUCGGGCCACCACCCCUCCGACAACGUCAUGACCCUAUCCUCCUCCGCCAUCAACACCUCCUCCUCCGACGCCCACCCCAACCCCUACCAAGACGACGCCGAAGUCGCCGCCUUCCUCUCCUCACCGGCGCACGCGCGCAGCAGGAGCUACGGCCACAACCCGCCGUGCCCCAGGGUCAACGAAGACCCAUCCGCCUCGUUUCUCCUCGACGGCUUCCCGCGCACCGCGGCGCAGGCCACCCGUCUCGACGAGAUCGUGCCCAUCAACCUGGCCGUGUCCAUCAAGACGCCGCUCGAGGUCAUCAUGGAGCGCAUCGGCGGGCGGUGGGUGCACGAGCCAUCGGGCAGGGUGUACAACACGACGUUCAACGCGCCGCGCGUGGCCGGCCGCGACGACGUGACGGGCGAGCCGCUCGUGCGGAGGGCCGACGAUAGCGAGGAGGUGUACCGUGAGAGGUGGCGCAAGUUCCAGGAGACGAGCGAACCGCUGCUGGAGCACUAUGCGCGCAAGGGCGUGCUGUGGGAGGUGGAGGGGUUGAGUAGUGACGAGAUCACGCCGGUGCUGCUGAGCGAGUUUGAGAGGCGGUUUGGGGAAUAGCAUUAUUUGGGCUUGUUGGAAGGGUCUUGUGUUGGAGUGAGUCUCUGUUGUUUGUACUAACCUCCAGGGUUGAUAGAGCAGGCAGCAUGCUGCUGCGGAUGGGAC